AUGCACUAACUGGGGAAAUCUGGAAAGUCAAAGAGUUUUAAGGAUUAUUCAAUACUAAAAAAAGUAUAAUCAUUAUCGAGACACGAUGAUACGGAUACAGACAAAACUAGUUUAUUGAAAUAGAAAAGUUUUGAUUUAACUACUAGAAGGAAUAGUUCAAUUUUAGCAUAAACUUUGGUUUAUGAAUCGAGUUAAAUCCAUCGAAUCACAUAUAUUCAAGAGUAUGUUAAAUAUCAAUCAUUAGUCCCAAUCAAUACAUAGGAAUGAAUUUACUCUAAUAGAAGAUUUGGGAGAGGAUAUAGAAAUGUUCAUAAAAAUAUAUUGUAUUCAACAUAAAGCUAUAUCAUAGGAUGAUUAAAGUAAUUUAUCAAUUAUCGUGUUGAAGCCAGAUCAAGAAUAUGAGUUUGCGUUCAACAUAUCUAAAUUGUCCUGUUUUUCAAAAAUUAAACAAUUAACUAAGAGUUUGUCGAGUCAUUUCUAUGGACUUACUAAAAUUUGUAAGUAGUUCAUCAUGAAUUUUUAGAAUUGUAAGACCCUUAUUUAUCAAUGCUAAUAGGAAAAAUCAAAACAUAGAAAUUAGACAACGAUAUGAGAUUAUUUGAGUUGUUAAAUAUCAUUAUGAACGGUAAGAAGCUAUUGGUCUUGCAAAGUAAUAUGUAUAGUGAAGUUUGA